AUCAUUGAUAAACUUAUAUAAUUUAAUGAAAUAAAUAAUUUUAUGCCACUGCGUUAGGAUUCUUGACCCUAAACAGACGGUCAUAAUGUUGAAAAAAGUACUAUUUGUGUGUUUGUCUGUUUACGCAGUGUACGGAAAACAUGAAGAGUACGAUGGCUCAGCCCUCUACGAGGUAUCGGUACAGAACAUGCAGCAGGCGAAGAUCCUAAGCGAAAUGGAGUCACACUUCGUAGACGUGUGGUCCCGGGCCUUCCCCAACAGACCUGGACAGGUGCUGGUGAACAAAGAGAUGAAGGAACUGUUCCAGGAAGCCCUCACUUCCGCAGGCAUUGAGUUCAAAAUCCUGUCUGACAAUAUCAGGGAAGAUAUUCUGCGCGAAGAAGAAAUAUUGUCCGCGGCGAGAGGACGCAGCACGAAAUCUGAUGGCGGUCUUUCCUUUGACACCAUCCACGAGUAUGAUGUUGUAGAUCAAUAUUUGACGGACUUGAGUGAACGUUACCCCGACAUCGUGACUGUGGUGAAUGCGGGCAAAAGUUUCGAAGGCAGAGACAUCAGGUACCUGAAGAUUUCCUCCACAAACUUCCAGACUUCUUCAAAACCCAUCGUAUACAUGCAAUCUCUGCUGCAUGCUCGCGAAUGGGUCACCUUACCAGCUACCCUCUACGCCAUUGAGAAGUUGGUGAUUGAUGUACAGGAGCAGGACUUGCUUCAAGAUAUCGACUGGAUCAUCCUGCCCAUUGCCAAUCCUGAUGGAUAUGUUUGGACUCAUCGUAGUGCUCGUUUCUGGAGAAAGAACCGCGCCACUGGCUACAUGACAGGAGACCUCUGCAUGGGCGUUGACCUCAACCGUAACUUCGACAUCUUCUGGUCCACUGCAUCCAGCAACAACGCUUGCACUGAAACCUUCCACGGCCGAGCGCCCUUCUCCGAACCCGAAACUGCUGCCAUCAGAGAUAUCAUCAACGAAUAUGGCAAUCGUAUCGAACUCUUCCUUGACAUCCACAGCUUUGGAAGCAUGGUCUUGUACGGUUAUGGAAACGGCCAAUUCCCCGCCAAUUCCCUCAGCAUUCAUGUAGCUGGAGUCAACAUUGCUCAAGCCAUCGAUGCUGUUAAAGUACCCGCUAAUCCUAACUACAUUGUGGGUAAUACCUUCAUGGUUUUGUACGCUGCGUCUGGCAGUGCGGGUGACUAUGCUUUGGGAAUGGGAAUCCCUUAUUCGUACACUUUUGAACUGCCUGGUAGAACUGGUAGUGGACAAACUUUGAAUGGUUUCUUGGUGAACGAUGAUUUCAUUGAACAAGCCGGAAUGGAGACCUGGGAAGGUAUCAAAGUUGGAGCUAGAUACGCCAGGGAUAACUGGAGGAGACGUAACCUGUAAUUUCCAUGACAAAUACAACAUUGUUUAGUGAAAAUAUAAUGAUUUUCUUUAAA